UGGUGGUAGUCUUCUCCAAUUGGCGGACGCGUAUCGAGGAUAUUGCAAACUGUGAUAGCAUAUACAAAAGUGAUACAAACAAUUUUUUAUCCUUUCGUUUAUAAACAGACGAGGAAAUACAGCCCCUAAGGAUAAUACCGAAUAUGGAAAACAGCGGGGAAAGCGGCGACGACGGUGGGCCACUUGGUACUUCAGCGUUUCUUGGCGGUGGAGGCGUGGGAGCUUCUUAUAUCGGUGUUCAGUCCGAUGACUUGGAAGAUGAUCCUGAAAAUACAGACGACUCGAACCACGGAGGAGGAGAUCCUCUUCAAGGAAGGGGCGGCGGAUGUCCUUUACGGGAGCAAGACCGCUUCCUGCCGAUCGCGAACGUAGCUAAAAUAAUGAAAAGAGCAAUACCGGAGGCCGGAAAGAUAGCCAAGGAUGCCAGGGAGUGUGUCCAGGAAUGCGUAUCGGAGUUUAUAUCGUUCAUAACAUCCGAAGCGAGCGACAGAUGCCACAUGGAAAAAAGAAAGACCAUUAACGGAGAGGAUAUACUGUUCGCUAUGACCACCCUCGGCUUUGACAACUACGUAGAGCCGCUUAAGGUUUAUCUACAGAAAUACAGAGAGGCUACCAAAGGCGAUAAUCCGGGCUCUGGUCCGGGCGUUGUGCCCGGUAACGGGAAGUCGGUUGAUCAGCAAGGUACCAUUUACGAAGAUCAAUUGUUCACCAUCGCAACGACCACUGGGAAUGCCACAACUUCGGACGCUCCCGUUAUAUACAGCUAUGCACCUCCUGAUCAAAUGCAAUUUCAACUAUCCUGAGUAAUAUGCUAAGGAAACCCCCUUCCCUGUCCCUGAGCCUGAUGAUGAUGUUCGCCCGAGGUCACCGCUGAAGAUACCGCGCCUCUGCCUGCGCCUCCGACAACUCCACCGCCACUUCCUCCUCGUUUAUGUAGAAGAAGCCUCUUCUGCUUUCGCCUACUCGCGAUGCUCGCGCCACCGGCUGCCGCAUACAUCCCAGGGCCGUCGAGUCCUCGUAUGAAAUCAGUCUUGCUUCCUGGCCACCCUCAGCGGCCUUCGACGAUGACUAACCGAUCACCAACCGAUUAGCUUCUCGCGAUCGACUCUCCAUCGGCACUCAAAGCGUCGAUCGCUUCACUCUUCACUGCUCUAGUAGUGCGCAUUCUGGAAAUACUGUUUUUCAGCAGAGUUUUUCGUGUGUCGCAGGAGUAGUAGAAACAUUUCUUCCCCCUGUUUAUCGCUAGCUGUAUUUAUCGUUAAAUCGUUGAUCGGGGGGCGGAUGAAUGGGAGGGCUCAGGAGGAAGACCGAGACUGAUAGAGACGCUUGAAAAUUCAGGCAAGUUAGCGGUGGUCAAACUUUUUCUAGAGGGGCUGUUCGCUAAUUUAUCAAAAAACAAGAAGAGGAGGAUUAAGAAGCGAUAGAGAUAGAUCAAUCUUUUGAACGUUUCUCUUACAUACAGCGUAAACUUACUAGACUAGAUUAGUAACAACAGUAGUAGUGGUCGCUAGUGUUAUUCUGUUCAUUUAAUUACGUAAGGUGGUUAAGAGGAGAGGGUUAAAAUACAUACCCAUUCAUGUUCAAGCGUAACACGCUUCAAGACAAGUACUAAGAGAAGAACUAAUUGUAAUUAGGUAUUCAAAGUAGUGGCCGAUGCUCGAAUAGGCACGCAUGAAUUUUU